CCAAGGUGCCGUUCCCUCUGACUCUGAGGUUCAAGCCGAUGUUACAGCGAGGGAUUGACCUGCUGUCACUGGACGCCUCCUGGGUGAGUUCGGCGUCCUGGUACUUCCUGAAUGUGUUUGGACUGAGGAGCAUGUACAGCCUGAUACUGGGACAGGACAACGCCGCUGACCAGUCCCGGGUCAUGCAGGACCAGAUGACGGGGGCUGCCAUGGCGAUGCCCCCUGACCCCAACAAGGCUUUUAAGAGCGAGUGGGAGGCUCUGGAGAUCGUGGAACACAAGUGGGCGUUGGAGAACGUGGAGGAGGAGCUGAUGUCCAGAGACCUUAACUUUGGAACCUUCUUCAGCCAGGACCUCAAGUCCACCAUGUUCUAGGACUACGAGGACCCGCGAGCUCUGGACCGCCUAUGAACGGUUGUAGAACUCGGUCUGUACGGUCGAACCCGAGGAAUCGAGAACACGAGACCUGCAGGUUCUGCUGUGGUUCUAACGGUUCUGGAACAGUUCACAAAAAUUCACUUUCUAAGUGUGUAAAAGUUGCACACAACUUAGUGCCUUCAGAAAUAAACAAAACAUGUUAAAUAUAAUAUAUAAAUAUAAUAUAACGAAGACGGUACUUUUAGCUAGAAUCCAUUAAUGCAACACUCCAGCUCUGCUCCUGAGACGUCAGACCUACUUUAACACAACUAAAUCAGUCACUAGAUCUUUAAGUCCACUAACUGACUUCUUCCAGAGCUUUCCAACAACUCUGGUUUCACAAAUGGCGUUGGUGUAUUUGGCCCGGCCUAGGUCCCGCCCCUUUUUGCUCUGUGCUCCAAUAACAGUUAAGCAAGCUAUAUUUAACGGUCUUUAAUGUGGUUCCUUUUUCAAUAUAGAUGAGGCUAGCAAAGGAAAGGAGGAAAUGGGCCGACGCUUGCUCAACUGUGAUUGGAGCACAGAGGAAAAAGGGGCGGGACUUAAGAAGGGACAGUUAUUACAGAUAUUUGUGUAUUCACUGUUCCAGAACACGAAUCCUCAGAAUCCUCUUCGAGUUCUAGAAAAGUUCCCAAACGAUCCAGAACCGCGGGUUGUUUCAGCGAACCAGCAGAUUCUGCACCAGACGAAUCCUCUCAGGGAGGCGUUUCUCUCGGGCGCGAUGCAGAAACCAGAGGCGGUGUUGGAAGACGGCGGGGACGUUUCUGGAUGGCGAGGCGGUCAGAGGAGCUUUUUAAAUGACAGCAGGCGUUGAUGUUUUCUUCCUGCGGGACACUUUGCAUGUACUUUUCUACACCGCGGCCAUCCAGCCGAGGCUGCUGUCACACAGUGAGUGCAACAGUUCAAUAAAGGUGCCAUCACCACUGA